GACCCAGUGGCCCAACGUCAGAAUACCGUGGUAGUUCGUGGUGUGUAGAUCGGACUCGAAUCGUCCCUAAUUGUAUCAGUUGAAGCGGCCUAGCUGUGCCUAAAACCAAGUGGGUGCUAGUGACUGGGAAAAUGCCGGUUUGAGGGUGAAAUGGCGGCGUUGACGAGCAACAUGGUCCCCCAACCGCAUCACUUCUCCCGACAGAACCUGGAGAGCACCGAUGGCUCCGUCUCCAUGGACUCCAGCGACCACUUCGACCGGGAAUCCCCCAACAUCGACCACAACAGCUGCAGCAGCGACGACACCGUGCUUUCCGUCGGCAACGAGAACCCGCCACCGGAAGACACUCCGCUCUCCUUCAAGAACAUCGAGAGCCACCUCAACGCCAUUUCGCAAAUCACGAACAGUACCUUAGAUCCGGGCCGCAAGAGCCCCUCUAGUCCCAGGAUAAGCAGUCCGUCGAGUACGAAGUCCGGCUCGCCCGGAUUUUUGACCUACACGAAGGCGGACCGGGACGUGGACCUGUUCCGGGGAUCGUCCACCCCGGAGUCGCCGGAACACUACUACAACCAGAAGACGCUUCAGGCUAAUAAUAACGACGCGAGUAAUGGGAAUCUCAAGUUUUCGAUAGAUAAUAUUCUGAAGGCGGAUUUUGGACGGAGGAUCACGGAUCCGAUUAACAUCCGGAAGUGCAAGCCGAAGAAGGUUGUGCCGGAAGUUGGGGGUGUUGAAGAGGCUAAAGGACCUGUAGAUUUGAGUAAGAGUGAGCCGGAGAAGAAGACUGAGAGUCAGCCGAUGUUGUGGCCAGCCUGGGUUUACUGCACGAGGUACAGCGACCGACCCAGUUCAGGUCCGCGAACCAGGCGAGUCAAGAAACCCGGGGCCAAGCAGGGGGCGCCCACCGCCGAGGAAAAGCGGCCCCGGACGGCCUUUUCAGGGGCGCAGUUAGCCCGGCUGAAGCACGAGUUCGCCGAAAACCGCUAUCUGACCGAGAGGCGGCGGCAGCAGCUCAGUGCGGAGCUGGGGCUCAACGAGGCCCAGAUCAAAAUCUGGUUCCAGAACAAAAGGGCCAAAAUCAAAAAGGCCUCCGGCCAGAAAAACCCCCUAGCCCUCCAGCUGAUGGCGCAGGGGCUGUACAACCACUCCACCAUUCCGCUGACGAAGGAGGAGGAAGAGCUGCAGGAGAUGCAAGGCACUAAGAGCCCCGCGUAGGGCCGCUGGUUUUGUUCGUGAUAAUUUGAUGCUUCCAGUUGUUUAUUGUGAUUUGUUGUGAUUCGUCCGUGGAUGAGGUGAGAGUGGAUUCUUUGGAUUUUUACAGUGAUUUGCGAGCGUUUUUGCCUCGUCCAAAGACGAAGUCGGGUAAGCUGUCAAUGGUCUACUUAAGAGUUGGGCAACUUUUUGCGGUGAUCUCUCGAGUAUGUUAGCAUUGUUUCUUUAAUUCUACAAUUCUCAGAGCUUCGUGUUACAAAAAAUGUAUUAAUGUACCAUUCAUUUAAACACAAUUGCGAGCUGUGUGGUACUAAAUAACAGUUUUUACAAACGGUGCCAUUAUUGUUUAAAUCGCAUGGGAUCAUAUUCUUGUUUGGUUUUUCUUGCACGACUACCAAAGACCGUGCAAGACACGGGAUUUUUGAUCCGACCUUGUACAUAACACUCUGUAAAAAUUACAACUAGGACUAGUUAUUUAUUGUAUUAGCAAAAUAAUUCGGAAUCGAAAGCAAUAUUUAUUAGGCAAAACUUGAACCUAAUGUAUAUUUAAAUGAAACUAUUGUAAAUAUUUAUAUAAUACUGUCUGUGAGUUGAAGCUUAUUUAUAAUGUAUUCGACCUAAGUAAUAGUGAAAAAUAUGUACCUACAGAAAUUGUUUAUAAUUCAACUGUAAAAUAUAGAUUAUAUAAAAUAAAUACUAUUCAAGCGA